AUAGCCGUUUGACUUUGCAAGGCGGCCGGGGAAGCUGCCUCCUUUUAAAGGAACCAUGGCUUCUUCCCACUUUCUCUCCGCUCGAGUACACCAGCACGCCACCAGCUCUUAACACGAGCACACGGCCUUCUCGAUCGCCCCGCGCGCCCCCAGCCCCCAGGAGAACCUCGAUGAAGGCGACGAUACUGCGCCGCCGCGGCGGGCUGCGCCUCAAGAGCAAGGCCGCCGGGGGCCGCGGCUUCAUGUGCGGCUGCGGCGGCUCCAAGGCCGUCUCCGUCAUCUCCGACGGCUCCUCCGACAACCAGCACUUGUCCCCCAUGGCCACCCCGCCCACCACCAACUCCUCGACCGCCACCACCGCAUCCACGGCCACCACGACGACGGCCACGAAGAGCAAGACGGCGGCGUCGACGCUCUCCACGGCCGCCGCGGCGCCCUCAUCCUCGUUCUCCCCCUCCUCCUCCACGGACGACGCCAGCGCGUCGAGCACGCCGAGCGUGGCGGCGCUGCUGCGGCAGCUCGGCGAGCUCGAGCAAACCGUCCGCUCCCUCACCCUGCAUCAGGGCGCCGGCCCCGGCGGGCGGCCCCGGCACAGGCGGAGCGCGAGCGAGGGGAGGGUGGAGGCGGAGAGCGUGGCGGUGGUGAAGGAGUCGGCGGACCCGCUGGCGGACUUCCGGCGGUCGAUGCUGCAGAUGAUCGUGGAGAAGGAGAUCGUGGGCGGCGACGAGCUGCGGGGCCUCCUCCACUGCUUCCUCUCCCUCAACUCGCCGUGCCACCACCACCUCAUCCUCAGGGCGUUCGCCGAGAUCUGGGAGGAGCUCUUCUCCGGCGCCGGCCACCAGCUGCAGCGGCGGCGCACCACGGACUUCCUCCUCGCCGACGACCGCAAGAAGAAGAACAAGGCCAAGCACGCACAGCCCACGAUCUACACCGGCCGUUGAUUUUUAUUUUCUUUUUGUUGAUCGGGACGAGGUUUUUAGCGGGGGUUUGGUGAGUUGUGUGUGUUUCUCGCUGCAUUGCGUUUUUUCUCUUUUCUCAUGGACUUUACGUGAUCUGUACAAACGAUUGGAAGGGACGAGGCAGGAACACUUUUCAGGUUCCGCAAGUCCAUGAUUUGAAAUGUUGCUUUGGUUGAUUUGAAAAUGUUGCUUUGGUUUCCCGUAA